AUGGGUUCUUUCAUUUUCCCCCGUCACGUCGGGCGUUUAGCAUCGUUCUUCAUAUUGAGUCUAUUAUCGCAGCUACCGUUCGCCUAUGAACAAGUGUCCGACCAGACACUCCGUAACAUCCCCAGCGGGCAAGGGGAUUUCGAUAUACUCUCCGGACCCUUAUUAUCGCCGAUUUUAAUACCCCGGGUGCCAGGCACACCCGGUUCUGAAGCAGUGCAAAAGCACUUCGUCAACUUUUUCUCAGAGUACCUGCCAGAUUGGAGUGUGGACUGGCAUAAUUCGACAUCCAAAACGCCGGCAACAGGAGUCAAAGACGUGCCCUUCUCAAACCUCAUUUUCACCCGCGACCCGCCCUGGGCGCAGGCCGGUGAUGUGGGGCGAUUGACGCUCGUCGCUCAUUACGACAGUUUGUGGAAACCCGAAGGCUUCAUCGGGGCCGUAGACAGUGCUGCACCAUGCGCGAUACUCAUGCACGUGGCGCGAAGUAUCGAUGCGGCUUUGACCAAGAAAUGGGACGACAUGAAGGCUUCUGGUGAAGCCGGAUUAGGACUCGAGGCGGAGAAGGGAGUGCAGAUUUUGCUGCUUGAUGGCGAGGAGGCUUUCGUUGAUUGGAGUGCUACGGAUUCCAUUUAUGGAGCGAGGGCACUAGCUGAGCAUUGGGAGUCCAAGAUGUACCCAGCCAGCACGGCGUAUCGAACUCCAAUCGACGCCAUCGGUCUCUUUCUUCUCCUUGACCUCCUGGGGGCAGCGGAUCCGCAUGUCCCGUCGUACUUCCAGAAGACCCACUGGGCGUACCAACGGAUGGCCAAGAUAGAGGAGAGGAUGCGCAAACUCGACAUUUUGCAGUCGACGCCGAAGAAUGCAUUCAUACCGAAUGUGGGAGAAAGAGACUACGUCCCUUGCGGGUAUAUCGAGGAUGAUCAUAUCCCCUUUCUCGUACGGGGAGUCGAUAUUUUGCAUAUUAUCCCUAUGCCCUUCCCGGAUGUAUGGCAUACGAUGGACGAUAACGCCGAGCACCUGGAUAUUGGAACUGUUGAUGAUUGGGCGAAGAUCAUUACCGGUUUUGCGGCGGAAUGGAUGGAGUUGGAUGGAUUCAUGGAUUCGCCGAAACAACCUUUGGAGAAGGGGCCUGAUGUUCGGGAGCGGUCUGAGCUAUGA